AGGAGGAAGGACCACGCGCGUGGUGACCGUGGCGAACUUGAAGAACUUCAUCGCGACGUCGAGGGAGAAGAUGAAGGCCAUCACUGGACCCUUGGUGGAACAGUUUGGCCCAUCCUUGACGCAGAUGCAGCUGGUUGCCCUGGAGGCCACCGCCUCAGAGCUGGGCCUCCGCUCCGCCAGGCGGCAUACGAUCGAGGGACCAUCCAUGCUGGUCUCCUUCCAAGAAAUCCCGGAGGAGGAAGAGCGAAGGCCCUCCGUGACGAAGCCCGAAGAGAAGGAGAGCUCCGCCACUGAUGAGGCGGCCGCGCCGGCGGAAGCGCCUGAGAACCGGGAGACGUCGCAGGCCUCCUUGAUCGAACGGGUCUUUGAGGCCUACGCUACCGGGCACUACCGCGGGCAACGGACCUUCCUGCGCUUCUCCGACCUCAAGGACUUCGCCGAGGACAUCAAAGAACUGAUGCCCGACGUGCACAAGAGCUUCCAUCACUUUACAGGACUCCUCGAGUUCUACUACGACGACACCCAGCAGCUGCAGAGCGACAUGGGCCUCCAUGGGGCGAAAGGCUUGACGCUCCGCUAUUUUCAGGUCUUCGUGCAGAAGGUUCUUCGCAGGUUGGGCCCUCAAAUCGUGGGUGUGCUCUUCGCUCUCAUCGAUCGAUGACACCAGUGGUGACCAGCGGUGACCAGCGGUGACCAGAUCCCAGACGAUCUGCGUUUUUGUAUUUUGUUCGGCGCCCGCCAGCUGCCAGCUCUCUGACUCCAGGGCCUGCAGGGGGUCGCGGUUUUUUGAUUGGGCCUCACUUCGCCGCUUCCUCCACGGCGAAGACGGGGCUUUCACAACACGCGGGGAACGCCGUGCUUUUGUUUGGGGUGCACGCCCAAGGCGUGUAGUGCGGCCCCUGAUUUUGGAGUGUUUUAUUUUGGAUGACGGAUGACAACAGGGC